GCAAACUUUAUCCUGUUUACCAAAAUUAUCAAAGUUCUUGCAACAAAACUCCGAGAAACAAACGCUGGGAGAUGUGACACCAGACAACAGUAUCGGAAACUGUUGAAAUCCACCCUGGUCCUCAUGCCGUUAUUCGGAGUCCAUUACAUCGUUUUUAUGGCCAUGCCAUACACAGAAAUUACCGGAAUCAUCUGGAAAAUCCAGAUGCACUAUGAAAUGCUCUUUAAUUCAUUCCAGGGAUUUUUUGUCGCAAUUAUCUACUGCUUUUGCAAUGGGGAGGUCCAAGCCGAGAUCAAGAAGUCUUGGAGCCGGUGGACGUUAGCGCUGGACUUCCGAAGAAAGGCGCGGAGUGGGAGCACCACAUACAGCUACGGACCCAUGGUUUCCCACACCAGCGUCACGAACGUCACCGCCAAAGGAGGCGUGCCACUCCCUCUCAACGGCAAGCCGGCCCCGGGGACCCUCAACGGGCACCGGAAUUUGCCAGGUUACAUCCGGAACGGGUCCCUUUCGGAGAACUCAUUGGCGUCUUCGGGGCCCGAACACUACAGCAAAGAGGAAGAAUACCUCAACAGCUCCGGACUUUACAACGGCUACCGGCCGGCCACCUUGUUGGAAAAAGAAGAAGAAUCUGUGAUGUAACAAAAUAAGAUGAUGGUUAGAGAAAGCCCCACUUAGGGGGUCUCCGAAGGCACUGAGGGUGGCAAGCAACUUCCAGUCAAUUGAUUCCCCCCCAUCACGGUUUUGGGGAGCGGGCUGUUGACUCUCCACCCGAUUCUUUGCAGCGAGAAACGCCACCUUGCCGGAGUGAAGGACAGCAACCAUUUUUGGCGACCCGGCAGGGACUCCGCAUUCUCCUGCCCUUGAAGGCAAGAGUCAGCCCCAUUAAGGGAAAGGGGGCCAGUGGUCCUAGGGCAUUCAGAGUUCUUUUUUUCUCCCUUACAUCAUAAAGGAUCCGGCCCAACCAAUCCCAACCAGGGGUCAGUUCAGGACAAAGCUUUCUCGCGGGGUUGGUUUGCUUUUAAGAUUUGGUUUAACGGGAACAAACAAAAAAUAAUACCCCAACCAACCUGAAUGCAUGUUUAUUUGUUUUUGUAUCCAGAUAAGACUUUCCCCACUUCCAUAUCUGUGUCCUAAAUUCACGUUUUAAGCGACCAAGGGGAAACAGACCUACGAAAGGGUCUUGCAAUCGAAAAUCAAAGUUGUUUUCCUGCUCGUCCUGUUACGUAUUGUCCCGGGGUCUUAUCCCUGGACACUCACCCCCCCCUCACCCAAACAAAGGCAUCAAGAGAUAGUCCAGCACUCUUUGUAGGAGGAGGAAUUACAAUCAGAUCAAUACCGAGAGCUUGCUCUGCAUAAAGCAGUGAGUCAGUUCAAAAAGCAAAACAAGAAGAUAAUAUUAUCUCUCUCUCUCUUUCCGGAGACAAGAUUGUUGAUUAACAAUAAGAGAGAAACCAAAGGCUGGGUAUAGAGUGAGGGGGGAGAGGAGGGGGGGGCUAGAUGGAGGCCACAGAGCUCUGGGUUCAGGUCCUUCAUCCCUGCAUCAGGAUGAUGAGCUCUGGAACACUACCAGGGACCUGGGGACAAACCCGCAGAUGAGCAGAUAAGAAGGGCCGAAAAGCCCUGUUUGCACUAUCUCCAAUGGGAAGAAGGGACAAGAGAGAUUUGAAUAGAGAAACGGGGAUUGUCCCUGGUCCAACGAGGGCUGUUUUCCCCUCGCCUCCCAAACAUGUUUUUUUUUUUCUACCUCUCCCAUUCGGUACCGUUUUGCAGACAAAACACCAGGUCCUUUCCAGGGGGGUGGUGUGUGACCUUGGGUCCGUCCCAGAGGGAUGGAAGCCCGGACACUAAACGGGGGUGGGGUGGGGGGCAGGGGGAAGGCAGCAAAUAUUGGAUUUGCACACGAGCGAGCAGUGCCAAAGAGGACUAUGUGACAUCUUCCCCAGCCUCGGUGACAGUGUGCCGGGUCACACAGCCCCCGGUGCCCCCCCCCCCCGGUCGCCCAAGG